AUGCGGUUCCAGGAGCAGAAGUUCUCAGCUUCUGGGCAAGAGAUGGGUGGAUCCAUCCUUUUCAAGCAGAGGCUCGGGUUCUCGGGAACACCCUCCGAACUCAUGCCGCGGGAGCUGGGACAGUGUGAAUACGAGCCUGGGAGCGAGGGCGAGGUGGUGAGCACCUUGACCUCUCCGUCCAUCGUGUCCUUCAAGACCUUGGAUGCAGAUUGGACUGUGGAGGCACUGUUGGAUGCAGUGGCUGAAGCCGCAUGCCGUGGCGAGUGCCAAGCGCUCAUCGACACGGGCGCUCUGGUCACGGGGCUCACCAACAAGGAGGUUGCAGAACAUCUCCUCGGCCUAAAAAAGCGUUCCGAUGGCUCUAUGCCCGUGACGCUACCGGACUGGAUCGAAGGUGUCGUUUUCAUUGAGGAAGAUGGCGCAAAGCGCAUCCUGAAUCGGCAGUCGCGUGAGGUUGGCAAGCUUGCAGUCAGCGGAGUUCCCAUCUCGGCAAGAUUCUGCUUCUACGACCAGAUCCAUACCACAGGCAUGGACAUCCAGCAUCGGUUAGAUGCAGUUGCAGCCCUCACGCUGGGCUUGGGGCUCAGUGGAGGCGACUUCGCCCAGGGCGCAUACAGGAUGCGAGGCAUCGGCCGCGGCCAGAGCAUUUGUCUCUAUAUCAUCCCAGAGAUUGAGCAGCUUAUCUCGAGGGAUAUUGGCUUGGCCCAUCUGCCUCAGCUGCCAGGAUUUUCAACCCUUGGCAACCGGCACAAGGGUGUGCUGGAUGCAGUUGCCUGUUGGCUUCUUUGUCAGUCCAUGCGAACGGAGAAGGUGCAAUAUGCCAUGCUGCAGCUCCAGAACUUGGCCAACAUCUGGCGCAGGACGCUUUAG